AUGAUUGCGGAUAUCGAACCAGAGUUUGCUGCUGCGGCUGGAAUUGUGAAAAAGAGAACGUUCAAGAAGUUUUCUUUCAGAGGAGUCGAUCUCGAUGCUCUUCUCGACAUGUCUACCGAUGACCUUGUGAAGCUCUUCAGGUCUCGUGUUCGUAGAAGGUUCUCUAGAGGACUGACAAGGACGCCUAUGGCUUUGAUCAAGAAAUUGCGCAAAGCGAAAAGAGAUGCGCCAGCUGGUGAGAAGCCAGAACCAGUGAGAACCCACUUGAGGAACAUGAUCAUUGUGCCCGAAAUGAUCGGGAGCAUCAUCGGAGUGUACAACGGGAAGACUUUUAACCAAGUCGAGAUCAAACCGGAGAUGAUUGGGCAUUACUUGGCUGAGUUCUCAAUCUCAUACAAACCGGUUAAGCACGGUAGGCCUGGUGUUGGUGCUACCAACUCCUCCAGGUUUCACACUUUUAAAAGAAUUAAUGUAGAAGAUAUAGUUUCAUCUGAUAAACAAAAUAUCCUUUGA